AUGACGGAAGCAGAUCAGCUCAAGAGGGAGUUGAUGGUGCGCGCGGCUGACCUUCCGUUGGGGCUAGACACUUUCACCUCGCACGACCGCCUUCUGCGCAACUGGGAAGGGAGAAGCCAGCGCUGGAAGCAGACGUGCGAGAUUUUCAUGAAAUCGCCCCUCAGUGUUCGGACGGUAGAAAUCACGAGGGAGGAGGUCGCAAAAGAAAAGCUGGUUUUCAACCGGGCCAUCAUGAUGGGAGUGUCAGCCCCGGUGGGUGGACAAAAGGCUGCAGAGCAGCUGUGGGACUGGGUGUUGGGAGACCUGGUGAAGCAGAAACAGGACGGUGGCUGGGAGCAGAAAUCCAUGGCGGAGCUCACAGAGCAGCUCGGUGGGAAGGGGCCUGCCAGGCUUGCUCUGAAGGCGUUCAUAGCAGCACCAAGCGAAUGGAGGGAGGCUCUCCUGACCCCCUGCACGAACACGGCUGGUGGGGUUCCGGGCGCAGUAGUAAGUAGCAUCUCUCCCGCGCAUCCCAAUCCUGGAAAACGGGGGAGUGAUUUCGCAGAAGAGAAUGCGGGAGCAUUGGGAGGGGGAGCGGGUGCAGUCACAUCGGAUGCUGCGCUGGGCAGGCAGGUGGAGCGGCUCAAUAAACUGGAAAAAGUUGCCGAGUCGCCUGUCUGCACAUCCGCCGUCCCCGCAAACGCGUCAACCUCGCCCGCCGACGACUUUGCACUUCUCCCGAUCGCGAAUGCCGCCAAUCUCGCCGAUGAGCGGAAGCCGCCACCGCUGCAGCUGCGCCUAGCAGUUAGCGGAGGGGAAGUCGGGGCGGGACGGGGGACGGGUGGGGCAGCAGAGACCAAAGCGGCGGCACGGGCGGGAAUCUACAGGAAGUUAUCGGCCCCUGGGAGGCGCGCGGGAAGAAGCGCGAGCGGAGACCUGAGCGGAGGCGCAAUCAACACCAAUGGCGGAGCGGAAAGCCCGCCAGAGGCGGUCACGGGCCCGCUGACGUACCACGGGGAAGGGCGGGGGAGCGAUAAGUGGAACCCUUGGGGGCCGAGGCGCGGGGUCGUGGCGAGGGCGGGGGAAGUGGACACGGGGGAGGAGAAAGGCGCGAUCGCUCCGCUUCCGCGGAAUGGGCGGAAGGGGCGAAGGCGAAACGGGGAAUCCGCGGGUGGUAGCAGAGAUGCGCAAGAGGGGGCGGAGCUGUUCAGACGCGCCGCGACCAUUGGCGACGCGAGCAGCAGCGGCGGAAGCGCUAGAAAUGGUAGCUUUGCCUUCAAUGCAGCGACCCAGUAUCGUAGCGUCAGCAGCAACAGCAGCAGACGAGGCACGAGCGCGGGCGCUACGGCUGAUUGGGAACUCACUGCUGCUUCCCCCAGCCCCGCAGCUGCUUCCGCCACGCCUAGCGCCGCGUCCGCUGCUUCCGCCACCCCCAUGAGCUCGUUCCCUAGCAGCGCUACCACCCCCACCGCCGGCGCUGCGCGCGAAGGGCUGUUCGGGUUCCGCGCAGGCGCGCGCAGGCUGUAUGAGGCGCGCAAGCAGGCGAAACGGCAGGCGAGUGGCGGAAGCGGCGCAGGUGAUUUGGCAGGUGGGGUGCCGUCCAUGGGGAGAGACGUGUGGGAGGCCGCGGAAAAGAACCAGCUCGUGCAGUGGGCGGGGAGCGCGGAGGGGGGAAGCGCGGAGGGGGGGAGCGCGGAGAGGGGGAGCGGCGAGGGGGGGAACCUGGAAAAGGCAAGCGGCGAAAGGGGAAGGGGGGAAAUCGGUGUGGGGGAGAGCGGUGAGGGGGGGUGGGAGGGUAGUAUGAGGCUGAGGGAGGGGAGGGGCGGAGGGGAGGGGGAGGGUGAGAGUGAGAGUGGAAGGGGGAUAUGGAACGAGGUACGGGAUAUGAUGGUGCUGCGAAGGGAGAGAGGGGAGGAGGGAGGCUGGUCUGAGUGGGUUGAUAUAAAUGGGGAGGAGGAGAGUGAAGAGAGUGAAGAGGAGGAUUGGGAGGAGGAGGGAGAGGAGGCAGAAGGGGAAGAGGACGAGGAGGAGGAAGAAGAAAAGGCGGAGGAGAGGGAGAUUGGAGCGGAGAGCAGGGAGGAGGGAGCAGCACGGCUAGUCUCCGAGGCCCCUCUGGCGCGGCUUGAAGGGAGCGUGGAGAACUCUGAAACGUUUCCGAAGAGGAGCAAGUCAGCGGAGAGCAGGGGGGAUGGAGCAGCAGAGCCUGUUUCCGCACUCUCUCAGGAGCGGGCUGAAGGGCGCGUUGGAAGUAGAGGUUACGAGGAAGCUUCCCAUCUUGAUGAGGCGGAAAGAGGUGGCAAUGCGAGCGGGGAGUGUGGGGAGGUCUGUGAGGGUGAAAGGGGUGAAUGGGAGGAGGAAGAGAGGGAGGGGAGGGGGGAGAGGGAGGAGAGGGAAGCGGAGGGAGGUGAAGAGGGGAAGGAGAGGGAAGAAGGGGCAGGUGAAGAGAGGGAGGAGAGGGAAGGGGAGGGAGGUGAGGAAGGCUAUGGGGAGACAGUGGAGGAGCUCUGGUCUCACAGGGAGGGAAGCGAGGCAGGGCGAGGGGUGGAGGCGGUAAAAGAGUGUGAGGAGCCUCAAAGAGGCUAUGGGGAUGGCGUUGAGAGUGUGAGUGGUGGAGCAGCGACUUUUGAGUCGACUCAAAAGGGAAGCGAGGCAGGGCGAGGGGCGAAGGCGGUAAAAGAGUUUGAGGAGCCUCAAAGAGGCUAUGGGGAUGGCGUUGAGAGUGUGAGUGGUGGAGCAGCGACUUUUGAGUCGACUCAAAAGGGAAGCGAGGCAGGGCGAGGGGUGGAGGCGGUAAAAGAGUGUGUGGAGACCCAAAGAGGCUAUGGGGAUGGCGUUGAGAGUGUGAGUGGUGGAGCAGCGACUUUUGAGUCGACUCAAAAGGGAAGCGAGGCAGGGCGAGGGGUGGAGGCGGUAAAAGAGUGUGUGGAGCCCCAAAGAGGCUAUGGGGAUGGCGUUGAGAGUGUGAGUGGUGGAGCAGCGACUUUUGAGUCGACUCAAAAGGGAAGCGAGGCAGGGCAAGGGGUGGAGGCAGUAAAAGAGUGUGUGGAGCCCCAAAGAGGCUAUGGGGAUGGCGUUGAGAGUGUGAGUGGUGGAGCAGCGGCAGCAGCAGCACUAGCAGCAGCAUCAGCAGCAGAAUCACCAACAGCAGCAGCAGCAGCAGCAGCAGAAUCACCAACAGCAGCAGCAGCAUCCGGGGCUGAAGAGCAAUCGGAGGAGAGUGUGAGGCCAAGUCCACCCAAUUCCACCCCAUCCACUGCGCCUGCUGCACCUGUUGCACCUGCUGCACCCGAGGUGACUUGUGAGUUGACUCAGAAAGCAACGGCUGGCGGGUAUUCGCGCAAGCUCCUCUCCUCCCGCACUCUCAAGCUCGUCCUCGAUCCCUUGUGCUCCCCCCUCGUUGUACCGUAUUCCGAGUCUGCUUCUAACGAGGACGCUGGUACUUCUGCUGCUGCAACAGCACCUGCUGCUGCUGCUGCUGCUGCUUCCGGGGACAUGCAAACAACCUUGAGCACCAAGAAGCGCAGUAAAGCCGUCGACCUGAAGAAGCACAACGAGAGUCGCUCAGCUGAAUCAGCCGAGCCAUCUCACACGCCCAAGAGGACAGGCACUUUCGAGGCACCUCAAAAGUCGCCUCUGAGCACAGGGCUUGGAGCACAACACGAGCCCCUCUGGCCCCUCACGCCCUCUCACAGGCCUUCUCAGUCCGCCCACACGGCCGUAAGCACUGGGGCUGCGGCACCAUACACCCCUCUCUGGCCCCUCACUCCCUCUCACACGUCUUCUGACUUGACCCACAUUCCACUUAUCCCCGACGCUGAAGCACGGUACGAGCCUCUCUGGCCCCUCCCUCCUGCUGGAUCAAGGCAGCGUGGGAAGAGCAGCGGUACUGAGACAGCUUAUGCUCACACCCGGCCGAAGAGCAGCGGGGGGAGGGAACGCGGGGCGGAUAGGGUGGGGCAGGGAGGAGGGGCAGUGGGGAAGCAUGUGAAGCGCUCUGAGACGGUUGACAGUCUAAGUCGGCCGAAGAGCAGUGGAGGGAGGGGAGCGGACAGGGUGGGGCAGGGAGGAGGGGAAGCGGGGCAGCAGGGUUUGACGGGCUCUAAAACCGUUUGCACUCAAACCCGGCCGAGGAGCAGCGGUGGGAGACAACACGGAACAGGCAGAGUGGGGAAGGGGUUUGAGGAUUUUGAGAAGGCUGUGGUGUGGUUGGAAGGGCAGAGUGGUUUGGAGAACUCUCAGCAACACCCGCAGGGGGAGCAAGGGGUUAUUGUCAGGCGGGGGCAGCGGGGGAAGAGCGCUGCAGGGAGGGGAGGAGAGGUGUUGGGUGUGGGGUGGGGAUUGAGUGGUGAGUUUCCGUUGACGGGUGAGUCACGACCGCAGUCAGGGGGUGGAGGUAGGCGGAGGAGGAGCACUGGUGGCAGUGGCUUUGAUGGUGGUGAUGGUGAUGGUGAUGGUGAUGGUGAUGGUGAUGGUGCUGUUGGUGGCAUUGAUGCAGCAGGGGUUGACACAGCAGGCAUUGACAGAGCUGUGGUGGCAGCAGCACCAAGUGGAGAGUGUGAGGAGGCACCUUUAGAAGCAGGCAUGCCGAAUGCACUGCAUGCCUCUGAACCACAAGCCGCUGUUGCUGUUGCUGUUUCCGCACCUGCCACCCCCGUGCCUGUCAUUUCCACACCUGAGAUUCCCAUGCCUGAGAUUCCCAUACCUGAAAUUCCCACACCUGCCAUUCCCACACCUGCCAUUCCCACACCUGCCAUUCCCACACCUGCUAUAGUCACAUCUCUGCCAUCAAGCAUCAACUCACCUCAGGAUACAGUCACACUCGCUGUUGAAACUCCAACACACACCACCUGCAGUCCUGCUGCUAUGCCCAGUGCUGCUCCUGUGCUGCCUGCUGAAGGUCCUUCAGCAGUACCUGAGGAUUCACCUGACGCACCUGAGGGUUCACCUGGAGCACCUGAGGGUUCACCUGGAGCAGCUAAGGGUUUACAACCACCCACCACCGUGCGAAACCUCCUCAAACCGUCAGUUUCUGUCGGCGACCUGUCAGCCACAUCCACCUUCCCCAGAUGGACCCUCCCCUGGAAGAACCCGGCGCGUUCGCCCCUGCCUGGAGCCAGCAUUUCAUUCUUUGGGCCCAAAACGCCUGGAAGGACGUCCGGCAGCAGUGGAAGGGGCAAGACGCCUGGCAAGGCAUUAGGCAAGGCGGAAGGGUCUGGAUUACAGGAGAACCUCGGUGCUUCUGAGGGCCAUGUCGCUGGAGGGCCUGGGGUGCAGGGUAGGGGAGCUGGGUUGGAGGAACGGGGAAGUUGUAAGCAGGAGCUAAGGCAGCAGCAACAGGAGCAGCAAGAGAAGCAGCAAGAGCAGCAGGACGUGCAGCAGGAGGGGCAGCAGGAAGCGCAGCAGGAAGGGCAGCGGCAAGGGGAGCAGCAGCAGCAUGGGAAGGGGCGGAAGGGGAAGGAGCGGCUACAUCAAUCAGUGAGCGAGGGCAGCAUAUUCACACGGCCUCCUCGCAGCAACACUGCACCCCGCAUCCCCUUACCCCGCCACCGCACGCUCCUCUCUCCCCGAGAACUCCUGAAAAGGCUCUCUGCCUUCCCCUCAAGUUUCCCCUCCUCCAGUUUCCCCUCCGGCUCCCCCUUGGGCCCCACCAGGGGCUUCUCCUCAGGGCGUUCUUCAGGUUUCCCCUCGUGGAAGAGUGUAACUCGGCGGCGGCACUCGCAGAACGAGGCGCUGACGUCGGUGCCUUCGGAUGGGCCCAAGGACGUGUGGGAAGCGGCCGAGAAGGAGCAGCUGGGGGGGUGGAGGAGCCGGUCCAGGGGUGCGCGGAAGAGGAGCAUUAUGGAGGCGGCUAGACGGAGCUUGAGCGGUAGAAGUUUAGAUGGUUUGGAUGGUUUGGAUGGUUUGGAUGGGUUGAGUGGUUUGAGUGGCAGAGAAUUGGGUGGGAGGGAGUUGAGUGGCGGGGAGUUGAGUGGUAGGGAUUUGAGUGGUAGGGAGUUGAGUGGCGGGGAUUUGAGUGCGCGGGAUUUGAGUGGUGGGGAUUUGAGUGCGAGGGAUUUGAGUGGCGGGGAGUUGAGUGGUAGGGAUUUGAGUGGGAGAGGGAGUAGAAGCCUGCAUGAGACAGGGAGUGGGGGGGUGGAGGGUGGAGCAGCAGCGGGAGGAGGAAUGGAUGAUGUGGUUAUGAACGGCGGGGAGCAAGGAGAGAGCUCCUCUGGUGUAGCUGGAGGGGGGUUGCAUAGCAGGAGGCACACUGUCGACGGUCUUGGGGCUGCUCUUAGCAAGUACGGCAAGUCUGCUUAUAAGGAGAACGGAAGCCGGGUGAGUAGGAUUCGCCGGGGUGUGUUUGGGAUAGCAAGGAGCAGCAGCAGUGACAACGCCGCUGCUCCUCAAACGGGCAGCGGGGAGCCUUUGCAGGCAGCAGCGGUGCUGAGGGCACUAUCAGAGAGCAGAGAGCGGAGGCAUGGCAGGAGUGGCAGCAGGCUGAGGCCGUGGGGGUUCGGGUCUUGGGGUAGCGGGUGCAAGAAGGAGAGCCUCUCUGGGGGAGUUGAGGCGCCUUCUGAGGCUCCUUUUGCGGCACCUCAAGGCGUGCCGGUGGAAACAAGGGAUGAUGGCUGUGGGAACAGCAGGGUAUUGAGCCAGAAUGACUUGCUGGUGGAUGGGAGAGAGGAUGGUGGAGGAGCGAAGGGCACGAUGAGCAGUAGUGGGGGCAGUUUCCUGGAGCAACGUUGCAACAGUGGCAACGGUGACGGCUUUGCUCGGGAUGACUCGCUCUCUGGCAGCCCGCAGGAUCGACACAAGGCUUCAGGUGAAUCUUCAGGUGAAACUUCAGGUGGUGGCGUGCUGUGGAAUCCGUACAGUGCGGAGGGCCGGCUGGAGGAAAUCCCGAGGUUUGUCUCUGAGUGCAAGUCUUCCAGGUUAGAAUACGAGGAGGAAGAGGAGGAGGAGGGCGGGGACGGGGAGGGGGAGCGGGGGCAGGGGGGCCACCUGGGAGUGGCAUGGAGCUGCCCUGUCCUCCUGCCUGACGCCACCCUCGGUGUGCCUCCUACGAUGCUCAGCCAGCUGGAAAGGCACGAGGAGGGGUGCGAGAUUCAGCAGGAUGGUUGCAUGGGGCAGCCCGGGCGGCAGCAGGGGCGGCAACAGGGGAAAGAGCGUGGGGUGCAUGAGGUGGCAGGUGCGAGGGCUGUUACGUUUGCGAGAAUGGAGCCUUUGCACGAGGGUGAGGCUGUGGAGGGGUGUGAGGGUGAGUCUGUGGGGGGGUGUGAGGGUGAGGCUAUGGAGGGGUGUGAGGGUGAGUCUGUGGGGGGGGGUGAGGGUGAGUCUGUGGGGGGGUCUCAGAGGGAGGCAGAGGGGAGAGCGUCGUCGGAGCGAGGUGAGCAGGGUGAACAGAAGAGGACAAAGGCUGCCACCCUUCUUGUUGCAGUGGAGCCGUUUAGACAGCGUGUGAAGAAGGCAAUGCGGGGACAGCUGGCGCAUAGUGUUUGA